CUCCACCUGCCGGCAAUGAUUGACGAUAAGUCAAUGAGGAGUGGAAACGGCAUGUUAUCAGUGAACCGGCAAGUUGCCGAUAAUCGUCGGUACCGACGAUACCGACGGUGCUUCACCCAAUCGAUCGAAAUUUGCGAUAUUCGGGACCUCCUUCUACUUUUUCCGCGUACGAGAAUCCAUGGAGAAAAGGAUGCGGUAUCACGUGGUUCUCUCUUGCUCUCGAAUUAAAUUUUGUGUUUUCGGAUAUUUGAGCCGAUAUCGUCAGGUCGGUUAGUAAUAAUCGCGUAGUGGUCGAACGCGCGAAAGAGAGGAUGAAAGAAAGAGUGAGAGAGCGAGGGGGAGAGGAAGAGAGAGACGGCCGGACGCGCGCGCGCGCACAUGCGAUAGCGACGGCGGCGGCGGCCCAAUACACGGUACGGUUAAUAUGCGUCGACGACCGGCGACGCCGUCGCACAUGCGCGACGCGACGCGCCCCUGUUCGUUCACCGAUUUCGAUUUUAGUCACUCCCGGGUUCGGCUUCGGAGAAAAUCGUCCCGCUCGUGCGUAGCGUGCGCGUAUCCGGCCGCCACCCGAUUGAAAGACGACGGUGGCGUCGAACGACCGUUAACGAUCUCGAAUUAGCAUUCGCGCGAUAGUACGUCGGAGUAGGCGCCGAGAGGGUGGCGCGUGGGAGACGACGACUACGACCACGACGAUUCCUCGUCUUGUGAUUUCAGGAAGAUAUAUCGUAAGCGAACACCCGUCGAGGAAGAGGGAGGGUAGACGCGCGGGCAGGUUUCCCCGUAUCGACGAGAUAUUGCCGCGUUCCAUCGUCGACUCGCGACGCGACCGAUCCGAUCCGUUUCGCGUCGUCGUUUAUCUCGACGAGCGAACGACGGAGAGAUACUCGGGAGUUGGAAGAGACGCGCGACGACGGGAGACGCGACGCUUUGCCGCCGAACGGGACGGGACGGAAGAAUCGAUCCGGGGAGUAAGUGCGCCGCGCGAGUAUCGACGAUCGCACGCCGUCCGUCCGUCCGUCCGCUCUUCGCGAUGCGCGAACUGAGAAGAAAAAUCGGUAAUUGUGUCGCGUCUUCGAUUCGUCUCGGAAAAAAAGACUCGGAACAUGAUCGAUCGCGCGUAGUCGGUGGGUCCGCUUCCGCGACUGGCGUGGCUUAAUAUGUCGCGCGCGCCCGUCACGAUUGCCGUUUUAUAGGGCCGGUCGCGGCGAUCCUCGUGAACGGCGAAUGCCGUGGAUGACGCGAACGGACGGACGGACGGAUGGGUGUACAGAGCGGGUGCGAAACGCGCGCAGAGAGAGGGAACCGAUGAACGGGAGAAGGAAGGGCAAGGAUGUGAGAGACGACGAGCGAGCGCGGCGAUACCCAUAUCGAGGCGUACGGAUUAUCGGUUUGCGUCGCGCAAAGAGCGGCCGUGACGUCGUGACGUCCUCUACGGACGGCAUUCGGGAGAUCGUCGCGAUGAAACAGGAACCGGAGGACGAGGAGGACUGUUUCCUCGACGAGACGAGCAUGCCCGCGACGUCGACGACGCCGCCGCCGCCGCCGUCGCCGUCAUCGGCGCUGCUGCCGCCGCAGCUGCCGCAGUCAUCGUCAUCCUCGUCGUCGUCCGGCCGGCACGGCAACAUGACGCACCGAGUGCGCUCGCACGCGCGCAGUCUGCGCGCAAUGGCGAAUCCCAGCGCGGUCUGGGCGCACUUCGACCUCUGCGCUAACGAUCCGCUGCGCGCACAGUGUCGUAUCUGUGGCGCGGUCGUGGUCAGGGGCGGCGCGAACCCACGCCAAUGCGGCACGACGAACUUGCACCGGCAUCUCAGGGUGCACCACGGGGGCAGGCUGAUUGGCAGGCGAUAUCACGUUUUACAAUCGACGUCUCAAGGUAAUACAACUGCCAAGACGAUAAGGAUAGCUACGCAGUCCCUGGUGAGACCUCACAUUCGUAACAUUGCACCGGCGCCAUUGCCUCAACAACAGCAACAGCAACAACCGCGUCAACCAAAGACUCUCGUAUUAAAAACUAUUCCGCUGAAAGUGAAGCAGGUUGCGCCCACGACCAUUAAAAUGCCACCGCGGCAAGUUAAUCAAGGAUUGCCGCAUAACGUGGUGCAUCAGCAACCCACGGAGGUUUGCUUGAGAUGGAACAGUUACCAUAGCAAUAUGCAAAACAGCUUUCCGUCGUUACUAGAUACAGAACAGUUCGUUGACGUGACCCUGGCGUGCGAGGGACGGUCCCUGAAGUGUCACAAGAUGAUCCUAUCCUCCUGCAGCGACUACUUGGCGGAUCUAUUGCGGGAGAAUCCGUGCCAACACCCCAUCAUCCUGAUGAAGGACCUGAAAUUCUGGGAGGUGGAGGCGCUGGUUAAAUUCAUGUACCGUGGCGAAGUCAACGUCGCUCAUGACAAACUGCCGCAAUUGCUGAACGCCGCCGAGGCGUUGCAAGUGAAAGGUCUAGCGGGUCCUAGUCCCUCGUCACAGAACACGAAGCCACCGCUACUUAUACCUCAGUCGAAGCCAUUGUCGUCUCAACUCGUAGUUCCUAGAGGCAUCGCAGAAUCCAAAGAGAAUAAGAGAGUGUCACCGGCAAGAAUACCUGCACCUUCUAGUCCUAAGCGCGCCCAAAAGCGACAGCACUCCGAACCGAUAGAGCCGAGGCCGUUUACGAAGAUACGUCUGCAACGACCAGCGACACCGUCGUCACCGUGCGCGACCGUGAAGAUGGAGCCGUUGGACAUACCCCUCAGUCCGACGGAGAUAUUCUCCGAUGGGAACGAGGAUGUCGCGCCACCCUCGGAUUUCGAGAAACUCAUGAAUCUGCACGAGGAAGACGAUCCGGGUGGCGAGGAGGAGGAGGAGGUCAACGACGCGGACGAGAGAUUGCACUUUUGCGAACUGCCAGCACCGCCCGACUUGAACGACAACGAGGACCAGAUGGAGUUUGUACCUACCGAUUUCCUCGAGCAGCAGCAGGAGAUCGUCGAGGAGUCCGAGUCGAGUUGUAAUAAGGAUGAUAAUAAGAAAGAAUCGCCCGAUUAUGCUUCCACGGACGUCGGCGAGGACGACAGAGUCGCACCGAGCGAGAUGCAGCCCACGAAGGAGAAGAAAACGGCAUAGCGAAACGUAGGGACGUUUCCGCGUAACGAUCGGAUGUAAUACCAACAACUUGGAAGCCGAUGCGUUCUCGCAGCUUGAUUUCACGUAAUUCUCCAACGAGGGGAAUGUAUUCUCAUCACGAUAACUACACGGGUGUAUUAGAAAUAGAAGUACCAAGGACUCGCGCGCGGUUCAAUUGCCGAAAUGAAGAGAUUGUUAUUUUUGGAAUCUAUGUAUCGAGAAUACGUAAGGAAGUUCGCCCUCUCUUUCUUUGAUUUUUUGGUGUCGCCAUCGGUCAAGUCUCUAAUAAAGGAUCGACGGAUUUUAUCAAUUUUAUCACGGAUUCGUGUGGGAAACAUUCAGGAAAGAAGUAUUAGAGACAUUUCCACUAGUCCAGCGCAUCUUGUCUCUUUCGUAGCAUGUGUAAUUUAUUUAAAUAUCUUUUAUGUGUAUUUUCUAACUUUCUAUAUUAUACAUAUAUACCUACAUGUAUGAACAGCCAGUAUAGACAAGGUACUUGUAAAAGUCAACGACUGUUAUAUCGACGAACGUAUUUAGUUGAAUUCUGAAUGAGUGUGAUGGAUUUUUACGUUUCCGUUAGAAAAGUUCGAUUAGAUACUAGAGUUGUCCUGUGUAACUAAUUCCGUUUGUAAAAAAAACAAUCGAAAACAUGUAUUGGGAUUGCCGAUUGUAAUUAUUGACUAUAUAUAUAUGGAAUGAGCUAUAUUGUCGCCGAAUCGCACGUCGUAAAGUCGAUCGGAAUAUAAGUGUAAAUUGUAACGUGUGAAGGUACAUCUCUCGCAAAUAAACAUCUGUCACAACAGUUCCAA